AAAAACAAAAUCGAACACUUAUAAACAUUCCACGCAGACGACAGAUACUAUUGAAGAAUCAUCAGGAAUCGGUGAAUGACACAAUGGCCGAUAGUCGUGAACGUAUACGUGGUCCACCACGUGAUGGUCGCGAAUUUCUCACCAGUCCCAGACAAGUAUUGCGACGUUUAAUGUUGCUCUCCGAGGGACGUCAAUAUAGAGAGGCGGCAGGUGUUGUGGGUCGACUGGGACCGUCCGUUUUGCGUUCAGUCAUAGCAGAGUUGCCCAUCGACUUGCUGCUGGAACAUUUACCGCACAGCGCCUAUCUGCUGGAGUCAUUUUUCACAAGAUUAAUCACAGUCAAUCCCUCACCAAAACCGGAUGUACCCAUAGAAUCAGUUGUUUGGCAGCUGGUGCGUCUCUUUUCAUAUCCCCACGAGUCAGGUAUGCGGCAACGUUGCGCGAAGCUUACACAGGCCAUAGCUCAGUAUGAACCCAGUUUGCGUCAGGCACUGCGCGAGCGGCGAAAAUCCUUCGAUAACGCCGUGCAAGGUUUGGGUGUGCACGGUUUGACCACAGACGCCACCGGACAGUUAAUAUCACUGCAUCAUGCGCUCAAGACCGAAUUGCAAAGACAUUUGGAUAUAUACAAAAUGGCCAUACAUAAAUUGGAAGAGCUGAGCAUGGUGACUGCGCAUCAAGAUCCAGCACAUUCCUCCCAUCAACGCUUGCUUGCCAUCAACUACGGUGACAUACAACAAAGACUGAUCGAGAACAAAACCCUGCUCACCAUGCUGGAUAAGCCGGCCUUAAAGCAGCUGGCAAGUCUUGUAGAGAAUCUUAGUCAACGUGUGGAGAAUGAUAAAGAGGUGUUGAAGUGUGUGGGCCAAGUGAAACGUUUAGAUGGUAAAGCUUGUAUAGAGAAACGUCCGGCGGCCGGUUUAUUAAUGAACUUCGCGCAAGGUUGCGAAGCUGUGCUACAGCUUAUGGGUCCCGAAAGUCUACCGACAAGCCCGACUGCCAUUUGUAGCGGUAGCAACAGUAGUAACUGCAGUGAUGGCUAUCAUUCGGAUGAUUCAACCAGCGAAGAAACGAGUGAAAUGGUUACUCAAUAUCGCACGCUAUAUUUGGAGAACCGAACAGACACUUUGGAGGCUUUGGAUGGAUUGCCGCAGCUGAAACAUGUUCAAAAUUUGAAAGCGAAAAUACUCUUCUCGAUAAUUGUGUUGUCAUUUCGUCUGUGCCAUGCUAUGCGCGAAAGGAAAGUGAUUGAAGUGCGUCGGAUAUUGAAUUGCGCCUUGGACUCGUCGAGUGAGAGUACGCUUGCCUUGGAUCGUGCGGUGCGCACACAUUUGCAGGAGACCGUUGAAUCAUUUCCGGUCGGAGAAAUCGAACGUUCCGUUUUCAAUCAGGUGCUUUCCACUCUCCACGAAUAUCCCUGCUUGGAGUCAUGUCCACCUUUAACGCACUUCGUCAGCGCCUGUGUGCGCUUGGCUUGGCGCAUGAUUAAUCAGAAGUCACCUUAUUACCUUGAUACUGAUUUCAAUCUUGGUUUCUUGCGCCCGGAAAAGCACGAGCGGCAUACGCAAUCAGAUCGGCGCUCCGACUUGAUCAAAGCAUUUCUUUGGCCAGCGCUGAUGCAGAACAACCACUGUGUCUUUAAAGCGAUAGUAGCCACUUAG